AGCAUUGUACGUGCCGGAGCAGCUGAGUGUGACGGUCAGUGAGGGUGAGGACCUCCGUCUGCGGUUCAAAAUGCUGUACACAGCACCUCGUCAGUUCGUGUGGCAGAAGGAACCCGUCACUAGUAAUGACUGGCAGUCAUCUACCCUCACGGACGACGACCAGCUCAUCAUCCCGGCAGACAAGCUCAACGGCUCUGGCUUCUAUUCUGUUAUACCCCUCACCGCCUCAUUCACCCCUGGGAUUAACAAGAGGCUGUUUGGUACCUUCAGCCUGCUGGUGAGAGAGUGUCCAGCUGGUCGCUAUGGUGAAGGCUGCAGUGAGUGGUGUCCAGACUGUAUGUCCGGCGGCGCCUGUCACCCCCUGACUGGCGAGUGUGUGUGUCCCCCUUACCUGUCUGGGGACCGUUGUCAGACCCGGUGCAACACCACCGUGAUGGGUCGGGACUGUACCGUGGAGCUAUGGGAGCCCCGGGGGAAGCAGGUGUGUCUCCCACACCCGCUGGGGUGUCACUGCGCCCCGGGCUACACCGGCCACACAUGCACCACAGAGUGUGGAGGAGGCCGCUGGGGUGUGGAGUGUUCCCAGUCUUGCCGCCACCACUGUCAAGGUGACUGUCACCCCCACAACGGUCACUGUCACUCACCAGGACCAGCUGACUGUGCCGGAGGUGAUCUUGGGCUGCCACGACUCCGUCGGCCGCCACAAGUGACCAACGUGUCGGGGACCACGGCGAGGGUCACCUUUGAUGGCUGGGACCCGGGUUAUGACGACGGACACAAGGACGCGGACCAUGUUAUCUCUUAUACACUACGGUGGUGGAUUACGGACGAAGGGGCAGAAAAGCAUUCUCGCAGACCGCAUCACCUGGCCAGCCCAACACUGUGAGAGACCUGCAACCAGCGACCGGAUACAGCAUGCAGGUGUUGUUGCAGGUCUCUAGGGGCGGCAGGGGACAGGCGUGUGUGGCAGACGGUACGGGACGGGAGAGAGUACACACUGUCAGUUUCAACACUUCCUGUCCCGACAUUCCAGAAGCACCAUCCUGGAUCAACGUCUCUGAUGUGACCAACAACAGCUUCUUAGUGACCUGGCAGGACCUUCCAUACAAGACCAAGUGCCGCCUGCAGUAUGCCUUGGGUAUUUGGCUGGGACUCAACGACCAAGUCUAUCUCUACGUGCGAGUAGAUGAGGCGAGCUACAGGGUGUCAGGUCUUCAGCCUUACGCACACUACAACGUCAAAGUGUUUUCUGCUACAAGCACUGCGUACAGCACAGAACAACUAACAGAUGUCAAGACUCUGCCACAAGCUCCGGGGAAGGUUACCAAUCUCAAGGUCCAGGAAGCUGCCAGCUCUUUCACCGUGACCUGGGAUGGUCCUCACGACACGCCGCCCAGAGGUCAACUGCAAGCGUUUACAGUCAGUUGGCAGCAACAAGGAACACAUCAGUGGAACACCGCCAACGUCUCGGCCAAUACAAAGAGUUACAUCAUUCAGAAUCUGCCCGAGAACAUCAUCUAUAUGAUAAAGGUGGCGGCCAAGAACACACAGGUGAAGGACUAUGGCCCUGAGACACAGGUGUUGGCCCAGACUCGCCCAGGAAAACCAUCUCCGGUCCGAAACUUGAGAGAGUUGUCUGUCACAACAGACAGCGUGGAAGUAGCCUGGGACCCGCCCACAGACCCAGCGGGCGCCCUGGUCCUCUACCAGGCCUCUGCCCGGGUCGUCUCGGGCCAAGCCACACAAGAGGAAGUAAUCCAUCACAACACUACAGCCAUUAUCACCCAAGUGGAAUUCUCAGGUGUGCAUACAGGUGUGGAGGUGGAGGUGAAGGUGUGGGCGUGCAACAGUCUACAGUGUAGUGACUGGACGGUGGAGCGGUACUGGACCAGGCCACAGCCACCACAAGUGACCUCAGAGCUCCAGUGGCUCACAGAUUCAAACAACUCUAUUACCAUCAGUCUGCCAGAUGUGUCCUCCUUUCCAGUGUACCAGUGGGUUGUGGUGACCCGGGCUGGAGAAGACUCUGAGAGUGCUGAAGAGGUCGGCACCCGGGCCAAGAGUCUGGUCCGUGGGUUACAGGACACACUGAGGCAGGUCGAGGGAGCCCAGGAGGGGGCCCAGGAGGGGGCCCAGGUGAAGAGGAAAAGCAAAGCAGGGAUGGAGGAGUGGGUCGCUGCCAGACUUUACCAGGAGGCCGACAGCAUAACCCAGGAGUUUGUGGUUGGUGACGGCCGGGUGUGGGGAGGCUACCACAACUAUCAACUCCAGACUGGUGCUUCCUACUGGCUCACUGUUAUCACCGAGACUACUGCCGGUCCCCACCGGGAGAUGGUGGUGUCUCCCCCUCACCGCUACACAGUCAACACCACCACCUGUGCAGCCCUCUACCUGGGCCUGGUACUCGCCAUUGAACUGCUUGUGGAGCUGGCUGCUUUCUUCCUGUGGCGCCACAGGUCCCACACAGAGGCCAGCCUCACCAUCAGUGACAAGCUGGACACCCGUCACCAUCUUCCUCACGGAAGAGUACGACUUCCUGCACACGGCGACCAUCUCCCACCUGAACGUCUUCAAUGUAUAUAAAAACUUUACUAGAUCUUCCUGCAAGUCUUCACCUUCCUGGCAGUCUUCAACCACGUGGAAAUCCUCGGCGCACCACCUAGCCAUUCUUCAACCACUAUAACACACUUGGUUGAAUACUCUGCCAGCUCCCAACCUUUAUGACCAUUUCAGCUGACAACCCAGUCAGUUCUCAGCCAUUGUGGACAUCUGAGAUGACCACCCUGCCAGCUCUCAGCCACUAUGGAUAUCUCAGAUGACCAACCUAACAGCUCUCAGCCACUAUGGAUAUCUCAGCUGAUCAACGUAACAGCUCUCAGCCAUUGUUGACAUCUCAGCUGGUCACUCUGCCAGUUCUCAACCAUUAUAGACAUCUCAGCUGGUCACUCUGCCAGCUCUCAGCCAUUGUUGACAUCUGAGCUGGCCACUCUGCCAGCUCUCAGCCAUUGUUGACAUCUCAGCUGGUCACUCUGCCAGCUCUCAGCCAUUGUUGACAUCUCAGCUGGCCACUCUGCCAGCUCUCAGCCAUUGUUGACAUCUCAGCUGGUCACUCUGCCAGCUCUCAGCCAUUGUUGACAUCUGAGCUGGCCACUCUGCCAGCUCUCAGCCAUUGUUGACAUCUCAGCUGGUCACUCUGCCAGCUCUCAGCCAUUGUUGACAUCUCAGCUGACAACCCUGUUAGCUGAGCCACUGUGCUGUGUGAGAGGGACUGGAGUUGUUGUCAGCGUUGUAACUUGCACCACACGACUCAGGCUCCAGGGCCCCGGACGAUGAGACUUCGUGGAGAGCAAGAAAUAUGUUUAACAAACUCCUUGAUUGUACAUAUACUUGUCAGUGGUUAGUACAGCUGGUCCUUAGUUAGUAUAGUUGGUCAUUAGUUAGUAUAGUUGGUCAUUAAUUAGUAUAGCUGGGUAUUAAUUAGUAAAGUUAGUCAUUAGUUAGUAUAUAGCUGGUCAUUAGUUAGUAUAGCUGGUCAUUAGUUAGUAUAGCUGGUCAUUAAUUAGUAUAGCUGGUCAUUAGUUAGUAUAGUUGGUCAUUAGUUAAUAUUGUUGGUCAUUAGUUAGUAUAGUUGGUCAUUAGUUAAUAUUGUUGGUCAUUAGUUAGUAUAGUUGGUCAUUAGUUAAUAUUGUUGGUCAUUAGUUAGUAUAGCUGGUCAUUAGUUAGAAUAGUUGGUCAUUAGUUAGUAUAGUUGGUCAUUAAUUAGAAUAGUUGGUCAUUAGUUAGUAUAGUUGGUCAUUAGUUAGAAUAGUUGGUCAUUAGUUAGAAUAGUUGGUCAUUAGUUAGAAUAGUUGGUCAUUAGUUAGUAUAGUUGGUCAUUAGUUAGUAUAGUUGGUCAUUAGUUAAUAUUGUUGGUCAUUAGUUAGUAUAGUUGGUCAUUAGUUAAUAUUGUUGGUCAUUAGUUAGUAUAGCUGGUCAUUAGUUAGAAUAGUUGGUCAUUAGUUAGUAUAGUUGGUCAUUAAUUAGAAUAGUUGGUCAUUAGUUAGUAUAGUUGGUCAUUAGUUAGAAUAGUUGGUCAUUAGUUAGAAUAGUUGGUCAUUAGUUAGUAUAGUUGGUCAUUAGUUAGAAUAGUUGGUCAUUAGUUAGAAUAGUUGGUCAUUAGUUAGUAUAGUUGGUCAUUAGUUAGUAUAGCUGGUCAUUAAUUAGUAUAGUUGGUCAUUAGUUAGUAUAGUUGGUCAUUAGUUAAUAUUGUUGGUCAUUAGUUAGUAUAGUUGGUCAUUAGUUAGUAUAGUUGGUCAUUAAUUAGUAUAGUUGGUCAUUAGUUAGUAUAAAACUGGUCAUUAGUUAAUAUUGUUGGUCAUUAGUUAGUAUAAAACUGGUCAUUAGUUAAUAUUGUUGGUCAUUAAUGAAUAUAGUUGGUCAUUAGUUAGAAUAGUUGGUCAUUAGUUAAUAUAGUUGGUCAUUAGUUAAUAUAGUUGGUCAUUAGUUAGUAUAGUUGGUCAUUAAUUAGUAUAGCUGGUCAUUAAUGAAUAUAGUUGGUCAUUAAUUAUUAUAAAGUUGGUCAUUAGUUAGAAUAGUUGGUCAUUAGUUAGAAUAGUUGGUCAUUAGUUAGAAUAGUUGGUCAUUAGUUAGAAUAGUUGGUCAUUAGUUAGAAUAGUUGGUCAUUAGUUAGAAUAGUUGGUCAUUAGUUAGAAUAGUUGGUCAUUAGUUAGAAUAGUUGGUCAUUAGUUAGAAUAGUUGGUCAUUAGUUAAUAUAGUUAGUCAUUAGUUAGUAUAGUUGGUCAUUAGUUAGAAUAGCUGGUCACUGGUGAAUAGGUACCCAGAAGUUACUCAUCCUGUUGUGGGGUUGCAUGCCGGGCGGGGUGAGUAAUUCGGACUUGAGGUGGGGGGAGGGGAGUUCGAUAUAAGCCUAACGUGUAUGAAUACACUCUGGCUUCCUGUCCCCCGACACAAUGAAUUAUUAUCAAUGGAGUAUCUGGGUUGGAGGGGGGGGGGGAGGAGCGAACGCUCACCAUCAGCACAUUUGUCUGAAGUAGCAACUUGUCAACCAUUUUUUACUCUUCCGUUCACUUGUGUGAUAAAGGUGGAAGACCCUGGAAGACCUGAACUUUCAGAAAUGGAAGAUGGAAGACAUGAGGACUUGAGCAGACACUGGUUCACUGGACGAUGAUGCCAAAAGACAUCAUUGACACACAGGUGGAAUACGCAACAGAUCCUCACCUGUUGUGUGAAACACCUGACCUUACACGUGCUCCUCUUGAGUUAGGCCUAUGUCAGCCAGGUCUUAAGAUAAGUUUAACAGCUUUACAAGAGAUGAAGCGGAGCGUCAUUUGAGUGCAACUUGGUACAAGUGACAAGUUAACAGUGGUUGUGAAAUAGAUUGGUGCUGGCUGGUUGACUCACCCGGGGGAACUCUUGGCUUUGUUAGGUGCUGGUUGGUUGACUCACCCGGGGGGAACACUAGGCUUUGUUAGGUGUUGGUUGGUUGACUCACCCGGGGGGAACACUUGGCUUUGUUAGGUGCUGGUUGGUUGACUCACCCGGGGGAACACUUGGCUUUGUUAGGUGUUGGUUGGUUGACUCACCCGGGGGAACUCUUGGCUUUGUUAGGUGCUGGUUGGUUGACUCACCCGGGGGAACACUUGGCUUUGUUAGGUGUUGGUUGGUUGACUCACCCGGGGGGAACUCUUGGCUUUGUUAGGUGCUGGUUGGUUGACUCACCCGGGGGAACACUUGGCUUUGUUAGGUGCUGGUUGGUUGACUCACCCGGGGGGAACACUUGGCUUUGUUAGGUGUUGGUUGGUUGACUCACCCGGGGGGAACUCUUGGCUUUGUUAGGUGUUGGUUGGUUGACUCACCCGGGGGAACACUUGGCUUUGUUAGGUGUUGGUUGGUUGACUCACCCGGAGGAACUCUUGGCUUUGUUAGGUGCUGGUUGGUUGACUCACCCGGGGGGAACACUAGGCUUUGUUAGGUGCUGGUUGGUGACUCACCCGGGGGGGAACACUUGGCUUUGUUAGGGGCUGGUUGGUUGACUCACCCGGGGGGAACACUAGGCUUUGUUAGGAGCUGGUUGGUUGACUCACCCGGGGGGAACACUAGGCUUUGUUAGGUGCUGGUUGGUUGACUCACCCGGGGGGAACACUAGGCUUUGUUAGGUGCUGGUUGGUUGACUCACCCGGGGGGAACACUAGGCUUUGUUAGGUGCUGGUUGGUUGACUCACCCGGGGGGAACACUAGGCUUUGUUAGGGGCUGGUUAGUUGACUCACCCGGGGGGAACACUUGGCUUUGUUAGGUGCUGGUUGGUUGACUCACCCGGGGGGAACACUAGGCUUUGUUAGGUGCUGGUUGGUGACUCACCCGGGGGGAACACUUGGCUUUGUUAGGGGCUGCUUGGUUGACUCACCCGGGGGGAACACUAGGCUUUGUUAGGUGCUGCUUGGUUGACUCACCCGGGGGGAACACUAGGCUUUGUUAGGUGCUGCUUGGUUGACUCACCCGGGGGGAACACUAGGCUUUGUUAGAUGCUGGUUGGUUGACUCACCCGGGGGGGAACACUAGGCUUUGUUAGGUGCUGGUUGGUUGACUCACCCGGGGGGAACACUAGGCUUUGUUAGGUGCUGGUUGGUGACUCACCCGGGGGGAACACUUGGCUUUGUUAGGGGCUGGUUGGUUGACUCACCCGGGGGGAACACUAGGCUUUGUUAGGAGCUGGUUGGUUGACUCACCCGGGGGGAACACUAGGCUUUGUUAGGUACUGGUUGGUUGAC